GAGAGAGAGGGAGGGAGGGAGAGAAAGCAGUAGGCGACUGCCAUGAGCAACACAGAAAGAGAAACAAAAGAAACACUACGUGGUACGAAGAACAAAAGUGCCAAGGAAGAGAGUGUUCUGGCCAGAAAGAGAAGGCUGAGGCUGAGUGAGGAACAAGUGAAUUUUCUUGCGAGGAACUUUGAAAGUGAACAGAAGUUGGCGCAAGAAAGGAAGGACCGUUUGGCUUCGGAGUUAGGCAUUGACCCUCGACAAGUCGCUGUUUGGUUCCAAAACCGAAGGGCUCGUUUGAAGGCCAAGAAAUUGGAAGAAGUGUACUCGAGCUUGAAGAAAGUUCAUGAGUCUGUUGUUCAUGACCAACGCCGUCUUGAAUCAGAGGUUCACUCUUCAAGACGAUUACGAUUACGAAAUGGACUCUAGUCCUAAAUGGUGGACUUGCCCUCUGAAUUGUAAACAAAGACGUUUUUAGGGAUGUGGAAAUAGCCGGGAGCGCUCGCCAUUAUCUCCAUCCUCGCGGUCAGACGCGGUAUAGCUUGCAGUAGUUCCUCAACUGUCGAUUCUCCUUCCACGUCAUGUACCAUCUCUAAACGCUCCUUUAGUUCCCCGUCAUCCGUCUUUACUAGCACCAACUCCAGACGAUUGAAUUCGUAAUUUUCCAGAAAAUCGCGAAUCGCAAACUC